CCCUCUUACCCUGCCGCGCUCUGCUUUCAAGUUUCCCCAGAACCGAAAAGAAGCAACGGGGAAGGGCGGAGAUUGAUGCCGGAAACCGCCGUCUCCUGGUGAAACCGGCCGAGCACGCAACCCACCGGAAACACCGAUCGUCCCCCGGAUGACAGCUCUCGCCCCCCGCUCACUUGCCGGCUGCGGAUCGCGAUCGCUGGCGUCGGCGAUGAGACUCGCGGCCGCGCGGCAGCAGGGAAUCCCGGAGGCGGACUACGGCGCGGCGGUGUCGCAGAGGCUGGUGGAGGCGGUACGUCGCGGCGACUCGCGGGCCGCCGAGGAGUGCCUGGCCGACUCCGCGGUCGACGUGAACCACGCCGGCGCGGUGUGCCUGCGGACGCGCCGCGUCGCCGUGGCGCUCCGGGAGGAGGCCGCCCACGAGGUCCGGGUGGAGUACGAGGAACUCCGCACCGACGCCUCCGCCCUCUUCGUCGCCGCGCACGCCGGCGAUCUACCCCUCGUCCGCCGUCUCCUGGAGAAAGGCGCGGACGUGAACCAGAAAUUGUUCGGCGGGCACGCAAUUACGGCGGCGACGAGGGAGGGGCGAGCGGAAGUGGUGGAGGUGCUGCUCAAAGCAGGGGCGUCGCAGCCAGCCUGCGAGGAGGCGGUGGUGGAGGCGAGUCUCCAUGGGAGGGCGCGGUUGGUUGAGCUUCUUAUGCGCUCCGAUCUCGUGCGUCCGCAGGUUGCCGUCCACGCGCUCGUCUCCGCAGCUUCCCGGGGAUACGCCGACGUCGUCGACAGCCUCCUCAAGUGCGGAGUAGACGUCAACGCAACCUCCCGUGUGCUCCUCCGUUCGCUGAAGCCAUCUUUGCACACCAAUGUCGACUGCUCCGCGCUCUUCGCCGCCGUCGUCAGCCGUCAGGUAGCUGUUGUCCGGCGUCUGCUUCAGGCCGGAGUACGCAAGGAGGCGAAGGUUAGGCUUGGCGCAUGGUCCUGGGACGCUGCCACCGGCGAAGAGGUCCGCGUCGGCGCAGGGCUCUCGGAACCUUACGAUGCCGCGUGGUGCGCCGUCGAGUAUUUCGAGGUCACCGGCUCCAUCCUUCGCAUGCUCCUGCAGCACCACUUCCCCGUCAACGGUGCCCACCACGGCCGCACCCUCCUCCACCACGCCAUCCUAUGCGCCAAUCCUGGGGCCGUCGACGCCCUGUUGACUCUCGGCGCCGACCGCGAGCUUCCAGUCAAGGCUGGCCGCGACGUCGAGUUCCAGCCGAUCCACCUCGCUGCCCGGUUCGGCGUCGCUGCCGUUCUGCGUGUUCUGGUUGACAAGGCCGGAUGCGAUCUGAACUCGAGAACCGGAACGGGGGAGACGGCGCUGAUGCUCUGCGCGCGCCACCAACGCGACGACUGCCUCCGGAUCCUCCUAUCGGCCGGCGCCGAUCUUGGAUUGCGGAGCUUCUCCGACGAUUCUGCCACCUCCGCUGCUGCUUCGAGCAAUUGGAGCAUCGGUUUCCGAGACGUCAUCCUCGGGGUGAUCCGGACCGGCGCCGUUCUUUGGUCGAGUAAUCCUGCGGUCUUCUCGUCGAUCACGUUCGCCGCCCAUCACGGGGACGUCGCAUCCUUGGAGGUGCUAUUGAGAAGGCCGGAGAUCAACAUUGACGAACAAGACGGCAUCGCCGACUCCCCUGUUAUGAUAACGGUCAAAGAAGGACAUGUCGAAGCUUUUCGCCGCUUGGUCUUCGCCGGCGCCGACAUGAACCUCCGGAAUAAAGACGGUGAGACCGCGAUAGACCUCCUGCGGUCGAAGGAGAAUCGCGAACUAUUCGAGCAGGCGUUGCUCGAGUUCACACUGGAACGUGGCGAAACCGGACACUUCCACGCCCUGCACUUCGUCGCUCGUCGGGGCGACAUGGCGGCAGUGCGGCUCCUGACCAAGCGGCGGGGGUGCGACGUGAACGCCCUCGACGGAGAGGGCUACACGCCGCUGAUGCUGGCCGCGAGGGAAGGCCACGGAGGGACGUGUGAGGCGCUGAUCCUCGCCGGCGCGGAGUGCCGCCUUGCUACGCGGCGGGGCGAGACGGCGCUGUCGCUGGCGAGGUUGAACGCAAAGCUGGGGAAGGAUGCGGAGGUGGUGAUAUUGGACGAGUUGGCGCGGGCGACGGUGACGGGCGGCGGCCGCGUGAAGAAGCACACCAAGGGGGGGAAAGGGGCGCCGCAUGGGAAGGAGCUGAGGAUGGUGGCGGCGGCAGGGGUGCUCCGAUGGGGCAGCGGGAGACGGAGAAAUAUCAUGUGCGGGGAGGCGGCGGUGGGCGGAAGCGCAGUCUUCCGAAGAAACCGGAAGGCGAAGGGAGUCGCCGUCGACGAGCCAGGGCUAUUCAGGGUGGUGACGGCGGCGACAGGGAAGAAGAAAAGGGAGGUGCACUUCGUCUGCGAGGAAGGAGGAGAAGAGGAAGCCGAGCUGUGGGUGAGAGGGAUAAGGCUUAUGACGACGGCCGCCUUGGGGAAGCUUCCAAGCAGCGCGGUCAAGUGAGAGUGAUACCUCCGGAGUGGUGUGCAGUUGGACUGACUUCACCUUGAAGUCGAUGUUAAUGCUUAUGUUGUUCAUAUGGGAGCUCAAGUAUUGUGCCAUGUCUGCUGUUCGUAGUGUCGAUUGCUUGCUGUCCAAUGUCUGAUGUUUCCAUGAGAGGUGUGUCUUGUUCUCUCUGGUUGAUGAUGCCCCUUUUUCAAGCUUUCUGCUUUUCUCC